AUGGAGGGAGUGAGGGAGGGCAAGUGCGGAUGUGAAGGCCGGUGCACCUUGGGCACGUGUCUGAAUGCCAGUGAAGUUCAGGUAUGCGAGCCACACACGUGCUCCGUCGGUGCAAAGAGGUGUGAGAACCGGUUUCGGCAGCGCAGGCUGUACCUGAAGACGACCAAGUUGGGACUGGGCGUCUUCGCAGCGCGCCUGAUCCCCGCAGGCGGAGUAGUGUGUCAGUACUAG